AUGGCAUUAAAUUCAGCUCGCAAAAUACUUGACACCAUUUUACCGUGGAGUUCUCCGGAUCCAAAGCAAAUUGCUGGACAGGUCGUUUUGGUUACGGGUGCCGGCAAUGGUUUGGGACGAGAGAUUGCGAUAAAGUUCGCGAAACUCAGUUGCAAAUUGGUUUUAUGGGAUCUUGAUGAAAGAGCUAAUGAAGAGACGAAGGCAAUUUGCGAGAGUGUAGGUGCAGAGGCGUACACAUAUCGAGUAAAUGUGUCGAGUCGAAAGGAGAUAUAUUCGACAGCAGAACGAGUAAUGGAUGAAGUUGGAGCAGUCAGAAUCGUGGUUAAUAAUGCCGGAAUUCUACGAAAUGCCUGUGAUUUUCUUUCGAAAAACGAUGAAGAUAUUGAGGCAACGAUCCGAGUGAAUAUGAUGGCUCAUAUAUGGGUGAGCGGACAAAGAUCACAGUGA